AAGUUGAAGAAUAUAGAAUGACUGUACAUCUCUUUGGAGCAGUGUCGUCGCCUAGUUGUGCAUGUUAUGCUCUAAGGAAGACAGCAGAGGAUAGUCGGAAUGGGUUUUCGGAGGAGGUGAUUGACACGGUAUAUAAAAAUUUCUAUGUGGACGAUUGUCUGAAAAGCUCACCGUCUGUGCAGAAAGCCGUACAGAUUGUCCAGGACCUGACUGAACUUUGCCAGAAAGGAGGGUUUCAUCUUACACAGUGGAUAAGUAGCAGUCGCAAAGUCCUUGAAACAAUUCCUGAGAAAGAACAUUCUAAAAGUGUGAGUGAACUAAAUUUGGACAUAGACCAACUUCCGGUGGAAAGAGCACUGGGGCUACAUUGGUGUCUGGAAAAUGACAAGUUUAACUUCCAUGUGAACUGCAAAGAACGGAUGCAGACACGGCGAGGGAUUCUAUCAGUCACUAGUGCAGUGUACGAUCCCUUAGGGUACGUUGCGCCAGUCCUUCUUCCAGCCAAGCACAUAUUACAAGAGUUGUGCAAAAGGAACUAUGGCUGGGAUGAAGAAGUUCCACAAACCUUAAAACAGCAGUGGAUAAAGUGGUUAACUGACCUGAAAGAGAUCUCAGAGUUCCGAGUGAGUAGGUGCUUGAAACCACAUGACUUUGGAACACCAGUCCACGCCCAGUUGCAUCACUUUGCCGAUGCCAGCGAAAGGGGAUAUGGCACGGUAACUUACCUAAGGUUACAGAACAAAGCAGGUCAUGUUCAUAUUUCCUUUCUUCUUGGAAAGUCCAGAGUAACACCUCUUAAACCCGUAACCAUUCCUCGUUUGGAACUCACUGCUGCCGUUUUAGCUGUUCGAGUGGACAGGAUGGUAAAAUCAGAGUUACAGCUUUCUUUGUCAGAAUCCUGUUUCUGGACUGAUAGUACUACAGUCUUGAAGUACAUCAGCAAUGAAAACAAAAGGUUUCGAACAUUUGUGGCCAACAGAGUAGCCAUCAUUAGGGAAUCUUCAGAGCCAGCACAGUGGCGCUAUGUUCAUACAAAACAAAAUCCUGCAGAUGAUGCAUCUAGAGGACUGACAGUCCAUAAGCUUUUGAACAGCAAAACAUGGCUAUCAGGUCCGGAAUUCCUGUGGAGAGCAAGAGAAACAUGGUUACAGUACGAAGUGGAGUCCACAUUGGAGGAGGAUGAUCCAGAGGUCAAAGUGGAAAUCUCCACAAACGCAAUAACCAUUCAAGAGGAUAAUGCAACCAGCCAACUCAUCACCUAUUUCUCUGACUGGAAAAGGUUGAAAGUCGCAGUUGCAUGGUUGCUGUUGGUCAAAGGGACUCUAUUGGAGUUGAGUCAAAGAAGGAAGCAACUUGUGAAAGAUGGAAUGGCUAAUCUUGAUGUUGACAGAAAAAUGUUGGAAGCCAGAAAGUCGUUCAAACUAGAACGUGUAUCCACGGAGGAUCUAUUAGCAGCAGAAAACGCUAUCCUUCAGUUCUGUCAGAGGGAAAGAUUUGACACUGAGAUUUGUGCACUAAAGACAGGAAAACCUGUAAAAGGGUGUAGCCCUAUCUACAAGCUGAAUCCUGUCUUAGAGGAAGGACUGGUAAGAGUUGGUGGAAGAUUGUCCAGGACUGCAAUGCCCGAAGAGAGCAAACAUCCAGUCAUCCUGUGUAAAGAUCAGCACAUCUCCAUGUUAAUUCCUAAAAAUAUUCACGAACAGACAAGACACGGUGGGAGAAAUUACAUCCUUUCCAAAUUGAGAGAGAAGUUCUGGGUCACUCAUGCCAAUGCAGCAGCAAGGAAAAUCUUGUCAAAUUGUCCUUUUUGCAGACGUCACCAAGGAAAAUUGUGUGAUCAAAAGAUGUCGGAUCUUCCCAAAGAGAGGAUUACUCCAGACUUCCCUCCAUUUACUAACGUGGGCGUGGACUAUUUUGGGCCUAUUGAGGUAAAACAAGGACGUUCUUAUGUGAAACGUUAUGGAGUUAUCUUUACAUGCAUGGCCAGCAGGGCAAUUCAUUUAGAAGUGGCACACUCGUUAGACACAGACUCCUGCAUCAGUGCUAUUCGUCGAUUCAUAUGCCGAAGAGGACCCGUGGCACACUUUCGCUCAGACAAUGGCACAAAUUUCACAGGUGCAGAAAAGGAACUAAAAAGAGCAAUUGCAGAUUUAAACCACAGAUCAAUUGAGAAGGCUUUAAUUCAUGACAAUAUCAAGUGGACGUUCAACCCACCUGCAGCUUCCCAUCAUGGCGGUGCUUGGGAAAGCAUGAUCAGACUGGUCAGGAAGGUCUUGGUAUCUGUUUUACAUCUACAGACUCUAACUGAUGAAACGUUAGUCACAGUCUUAUGCGAAGCCGAAGCAAUCUUGAAUGACCGACCAAUUACGAGAGUUUCUGAGGAUCCUAAUGAUUUAGAGCCACUAACACCUAAUCAUCUUCUUACUUUGAAAAGAAUACCAGUUUUGCCGCCAGGUCUGUUUGAUCAAAAGGACCAGUACGUAAGAUGAAGAUGGAAACAGGCUCAGUAUCUUUCAGAUUUGUUCUGGAAAAGGUGGACGAAGGAGUAUCUUGCAACGCUACAGGAAAGAAAAAAGUGGAACAAAACACAACGUAAUCUUAUGGAAGGAGAUAUUGUUUUGAUUGCAGAUGCUACAGCACCACGAAAUUCUUGGAUGAUUGGAAGGAUUAUUAAAUCCUUUCCAGACAAAUCAGGCAUAGUUAGAUCUGUGCAAAUCAAAACCAAAACAAAUGUAAUUGAAAGACCAGUGACAAAACUAGGACUAUUGGUAGAGCAGUCAAUGUAAAAGUAAAACAAAUGCACCAAAAGAGGGUUGAUUUGCUUUUGUUUAUUAUUUUUGUUUGCAAACGUUGUUUUCGUUGUAUGAAUGUCUCCAUACAUGAAUUGUUUAUAAUUGUCAUGUCUUGAAGUGCCAUGAACAAUUAGGGGCCGGUUGUGUUGGAGCCAUUCUGAAUACUGCAAUGGGAAUGGCGC